AGGACACGGGCUUGAUAAUUGACAUUUACACUGAACAGACAUGUCUUGAUGGACAUGGUUUGUACAGACUAACGUCAACAUGUCUGUUUUUAUCUCAACAAUCUGGGUCACUAUCAACUAAAUGUAGUUUGUAAAGAUUUGUUUACUUCGGUCUCAUGUCACCUGUGGCACCACAUCAUCUUUCAUGGCCAUCCUGUUUCAGCUUCUGUACGUUCUGAAAACUCAGUGUACGUGUAUCAGUUAGUAUACAGGAUACCCAUACUUCUGCCAGUGAUGAUAUCACUGUUCACUAACGCAUUGGUUGACCUUUACAUGCAUGUAUUUGGACUUCCCCCGCAUUCCCGCGCCAGUGAUGUCACAGGUCACACACUAGAUAAUAGACGAUUAAUAGUCCGACGAUAACAUCAUAAUUACGCCCUGGAGAUACAAGUACUAAACGUGUUGAGCAAUGCGGUCAUCGGACAUGUUUGUUGUCUUGUUGGAGUUCACGUUUUCAUAAGCUGACACUUCAUAUUAAACCGCGCUUCAGUAUGUCAGUCACCAACACAGCCAUGCUUCUGCUCGGAGUCUGUAGUCUCCUGGGCCGUGCCAGUGAACACAGGUACACCGUUUCCGUGCCUGAAAAUACCAAGCCAGGGACAGACGUUGUCAGUUUGCCGAGUUUUCUGGGGACAGAAAAAGCGGAACUUCCGUGUGUGAUGGUGGAGGGAGAUCCGCACGGCCGCUUCGAGGUGAGUACGAACUGCACCAUCGUGGUCGCCAGGCCACUAGACUGGUCAGUACAAUCAGAGUAUCUACUCAAGAUUCGUGUGGGACAGCUUCAAGACACAAGUCACCGUACGGGUGUCGUCAGCCUUCAAAUAAUCGUGACUAGCGUCCCGGGCUAUCCACCUGUGUACAACGAGACGUGUGAACCACCGGUUAGACAUUCGGGGGAUUCCGAUGAAUUUCUGUUUAGUUUGGGGUGGAGUGCCCAACUGGAGACGACUGGCGGGGAUGUUCUUUUCGCCGAGACGGUCGUUGCAAAACCUCGAGAGAGAUGGGACAUGAACGACCCUAGUUUUGCAGUCGUCAUAGGCAGCAACUGUGAUGUUCACAUAGUCGUGGACGUUCAUAAUAUAGGUGACAUGGCAGUCGCAACAGAAUGGUGGGUGGCGGUAGAUCAGGGUCAUCACUCUGAGCGUAACAGCAAGAUUUUACUGUCAUGUUACUCAGAGUCCGUACUAUCCGAGCUCUUCCUUGAACUGUUCCAUCUUGGGUCCAAAGAUAACGUACAUUACCUAAGACAAUACGUACCACAGGUCAUGGCGAAAGUUAAGAGAACGCGUCACAAGUUGAUGUACUUACUGUCCUCUACAUUUCAAACCAAGACAACUCAUUACAACUGCAAAUCUUCACCCUUACGACGUCCCGUCAGAUUCUCUUCUAAACUGCCCGGCAUCAGAAAUUUCGGUUCGGUAACUGUAGAUAUGCGUCCAAUCGGCUGCCCUCCAGGUAAAUAUGGAUUCUUUUGUGACAAGACCUGCAUCUGUGAGAAUGGCGCCCGUUGCCAUGGUUUCAAUGGUGCCUGCAAAUGUACACCCGGGUGGCAAGGUGUGGCCUGUGACAUCCCAAAGCCUGGUGUUUCGGCAACAACGACACCCAGCGACUCUUCGGAUAUCUACAUCUCCGCUAACGUCACCAUUCAUUGCAAUGUCCAUCACCUCAGUGUCACAACGUUAUCGCUACGACUUCCCGAUGGAUCUGAGAUUGUAAGCAAUGGUGCUAAUCACCUAGACAAAACUGUCACCAACAUAGGAUCUGAAGACAAGGGUCCCUAUACCUGCCUAGUUCGGGACACCGGUGGAAACGUUUUCAAUGUAACAAUUGUACUUGACAUCGCCAACUGCCCACCUAAUCGGAAAGGAGAGUUCUGUGAUGAGACGUGUGCCUGUCUCCGUGGCGCCAGCUGUGACUGGAGGUCCGGCUGCGUCUGUCCCCCGGGAUGGACAGGAGACAGGUGUCAGACCACAUGUCCGAACGGCACGUACGGCGAGCGGUGCCGACAGAAGUGUCGCUGCCGAAACGGGGCUAGCUGCCGCCCUAGCGACGGCGGGUGUACCUGCACUGCUGGCUGGUACGGGUCGUUUUGUGACGUGCGCUGCCCCAGACACAGACACGGCUUCAGGUGCCAGGAGGUCUGUACCUGUAAGAACAACGCCACCUGCGACAACGUCGACGGCAGCUGCACCUGUUUAGCGCCCUGGAAAGGAAAUGACUGCGACGAAUUCGAAAUUCAAGCAGUUGAAUCAAAAUCAUUGGUUGAAAUCCUUGUACCUUUAGGCUCUGUAAUUGCCCUGGUCGUUUGUGUGGCGAUCGUAGUUUACAAAAAGCGCCCCCUGUGUGGCGAAACCGCCGCUGCAGACGGGGAGGCCGAAGCUCUCCUGGAGUUAGAGCAGGUACAGACUGACCUGGCACAGACCGUCCAACCGGGCUGGCUCAGACGCUGGGAGACGAGCAGCCGACAUCUGACACUAGGUCACCUGGUGGGGAUGGGGAUGUUCGGACACGUCAUUCGGGCCAAGCUGAAGACAUCUACGGGUGAAAUCAUCACCAUAGCCGCCAAGGCGGUUCGUAGAAAAGACACGCAGUGUUAUCGGAACUUCUACAAGGAGGCGGCCAUCCUGGUAGCCGUGCACGAGGACGAACAACACGACAACCUUCGCUCCAACAUUAUCCAAUUGUUGGGACUGGUAAACGAAGCCUCGCAGAAAUACAUCCUCAUGGAAUACGCUUCGAACGGAAACCUCUUGAGCUUGUUGCGACAGACGCGACGGCAGAACGGGGCCGCCGCCUCUCUCCCUCACCAUCUCCGCUACGCCAUCCACGUAGCCCGCGCUCUUCAGGAGCUCCAACACCUGGCGAUCACUCACUGUGACGUGGCCGCUCGGAACGUCCUCAUCACUGCCGACGACGUGGCCAAGUUGGCCGACUUUGGACUUGCGCGAGACGUGUACGCCACCGUGCAGCAUGUCACUGACGACGCCCACAGGAGAGAACAACGUGCUAGACGAGAUAAUCCAGCAGCAGAAGACGAAGUAUAUAUAUUGCCGUUAAACUGGAUGUCUCCGGAAUCUUUGGAGACCGGCGAGUACACCUGUCAGAGCGACGUGUGGUCCUUCGGCGUGCUGCUGUGGGAGAUCGCCGCGCAGGGUCGGGAACCGCAUUACGACGGUAACAACAACUUGAGCUGCUUCCAACUCUCGCGGACCCUCCGGACGGGAAUCCGGCUGAGACGGCCUCCGGAAUGUUCCGGAGACAUAUACGACGUCAUGAGCUCGUGUUGGCAGGAGAGGCCGCCAGAAAGACCGGAUCCGGAUGCGUUGGAGGAGAGACUUCAGCAAGUGCAACUUACGAUGAUCCCACGCUUACCUUUUGAGAUCAUCCGGGAAACAGCAGUGUAGGCCGCCCCUGUGGCGUCGCCAAAAAUUACGUACCAAAUGCCAUUCCAGUCACGCAGAGACUUGUACUCGUACAUCCGAAAUGCGCAG